AUGGCUUUCGUGAGAAAUCUAUUAGGUGCAAAGAAGAUUCUUGGAGCCGCAACAAGCAAAAGGGCAACCUCGGCUGCACCAAAAGGGUUUCUUGCGGUGUACGUAGGACAGAGCCAGAAGAAGAGAUAUGUGGUGCCAAUAUCAUACUUGAGCCAGCCUUCAUUUCAAGCUCUACUGAGCAAAUCUGAAGAAGAGUUUGGAUAUGAUCAUCCAAUGGGAGGAUUGACGAUUCCUUGUCCUGAAGAUAUCUUCAUCAAUGUGACUUCUCGGUUGCAGUGAUGAUUAUCCAACAUAUUGUUCUUCAAGUUAGAGAUAGACUUAGUCCCUUGUAAAUACAGGAGAAUUUUUCUUUUUAUAUAUUUCUUCUUGAAAGAGUUGUUCUAAAACUUUGAAAAAUGGAAUGCCAUUGUUACAUUUUUGUUCGAUCAUUGGAAAACUAUAAGAGAGUAA